AUGGGUGUCCACAAAGACGUAACGCUGGAAUUAAAUGAUCCGAUGGAUUCCUUGUCUGUCAACAAGGAUUUCACCCAGAUUGCGGUUGCGGGGAGAGCUGGUAAGAAUCUCUAUCAGUUAUGAAUACCAUAAAUGAUCACAGUUUUGAAGGUGUUCUCGAUAAAAGAAGAUGGAUUCGAACCGGCUGUUGACCUCCGAGCCAAGACUCGAAGGAUGAACCUCUACUUUUCUGGCUCGGUUUCUUGGAAUCCAAAUCGGGAGAAUUUGAUUGCAGUGACUUCUUCGAUCGGAUCCAUUGUUCUCUUUGACCUGGAGCAUUGUCAUGGCAGUAACCCUCAGGAUGCAGUUAGUUUCAUUGAUCCAGAAUCCCUUAAUUCCGGACUUGAGUUCCAAUUCCGUGCUCACAAAGCGGCAGCCACUAAAGUCUGUUUCCACGAAUUCAAUCAGAAUCUUUUCAUCAGUGGUUCAAAAGAUGCCACCUUGUUCUUAUAUGAUAUUAGGAAACCAGAACCCGCCGGUCAUUUUGUGUAAGCCCAAGGAUGAUUUAUUAAAUCUUUAUAGACCGAGUGGAGGAUCUAUGGAUACAAUCCGAGAUGUGAUGUUUGGAUUGGACACACAAUCUCAAGAUAUGUUUGUUACGGGAGAUGACAGUGGAGCAGUCAGAUUUUGGGAUAUAAGGAGGUCAGAUCGAUGUCUGAAGGAGACCUUGGCCCAUCAGGGACCGGUCAGCGCUGUCUCUCUCAAUCCAACCUUGGAAUACAGACAUCUGAUUGCAACUGCGGGAAGAGAUCGAUACGUGAGGGUAGGGAAAGCUGCGUGAUCUGAGAAGUUAUGACUUGUAGGUAUGGGAUUGGACAUCAGACAGUUCUGAUUUCUUAUAUCUAAUUGAGACUCCAUCAGCUCUAAAUCGAGUGAAAUGGGAUAUCGACAAAGAUCAUCAUCUUGUUACAGUCGCGGCCACAGAAUCGCAAGUCUUUUCAUGGGACGUAAGACGUCCGUUCUUCCCUUAUUCUUGUUUUGGAACCCAUGAUUUCAAUGUAUCAGGUAUAUUUAUUGUACACUGAGGUUUAUUAAAUUAAUUUAGAUAUUUCAUUCCCCAGAUUCUCGGGUUUAAACAGGUUUGUUACGUGUGGCAAGGAUAGAAAGUUGUCUUUACAUUAUUCGGAGUCAGGCGAUAUGACCAUCUCUUAUCAUCGUCCUUUUGCAAUGGCUGAUUCAAAUCCUUUCAAUGAGAUUAUUUGUGCUUGUAAGUGUUGCAACAUUAUUUUGUAACUUGAUUCAGUGCCAGAAGGCUGUACGAAAGGAGUUUUUGACUCGGAAUAUCAAUUUGAAGGUCCCGUGAAGUCGGCGUUGUUGCAGUAUCAGAACCCACCGGUUGCCUUGACCGGUUCCAACAAGUUUUCUGAAUUGGCCAAGCAGUAAGUGCCGAAUAAUUUUUUUUAAAAUUCUUUUAGCUACCGGUUCCUUGGCGAUAAUCCCAUGAACAUUUGUAAUCACAAUGCAGAAGCAGCCAGGAAGUGUGGAGAUGUGGAUCUAAGUUAUACUUGGAAAGUGGUUGGGGUCCUAUUGAAUGAGGGGAAACUGUUUAAACCUACUAAUUAUUAUGAUGGAAAGGACCGCUUCUUCGAAUAUAUUCAGAAUCCAGAAGGUGAGACUAAAGAUUAAUGCUGUUAUGAUUAAUAAAGUUCGAAGAGAUCGAAAGGAACAAGUGGAGGAGAUCGAGGACAGCUCCGAUGAUUCAGAUGUCGAUGAGAAUCUGCUCCCGGGCACCUUCUCGCAAAGUCUUCAAGAUGCUCUCAGUUCAACAACCGAUUUCUUUUUUGGAUCUGGGGAAUUCUGCAGAGAAGGGCUACCCUGUGGAAAGACAUUUGUCUCAUUAUUUGAGGCUAAGCAGUAAGUUUUCAUGAAUACACUCCAUUUAAAAAUAAUAGACACGCGUAUAAAAUCUGCAAUUGCGGUGUCGGGGUUCAGUUGACGGAUACGAAACCUUUACAGAUUGAAAGAGGAGGUUUGAAAACUUGAUGCCCAGAUUUUUGUCAAAUUUUCCCGGAAUUGCAUAUAUACUUCCGUUUUGUGCAAUCUGGCCUGCAUCUGUUUUCGGUUUUCAAACCUCUUUCAAUCUGUAAAGGUUUCUUAUCCGUCAACUGAACCUCGACACCGCAAUUGCAGAUUUUGUACUAGUCGCGCCAUAAAGUCCUGAAACAUUUUGUCGCGGGUGUCGCGCGAGAAAAGUGGCAAGCUCGCGCGAAAGUGCAUGUCGCUAGUGCAAAAACGGGGAAUUGCCGCGACGGGUCCGAAGGAAGAACAAAAAUGCACUGUGCAAAUUUCUCAGGACUUUAUGUCGCGACUAGUAGGCGACUAGUCUACCAUUUUGAAAUGGAGCGUCGUAUGCAAGUAUAAAUCCUGGUCCGAAGCUUAUAAGUAUUAUAAUUCAUGUUUGUAUCGCCAACUGUGAUUUUAACUAUCUUCAAAUAAUUAAUUAUAGUGCCCGGUUCAUGAAGUCCGACCUUCGAACUAUCGGAUCUGAAGCUGUGAAUUUUAAUCGUUUUAAGAAUGGCGAAGAUGCAGCAACAGAAGUGUCUUUGAAUGAUGAGGAUAAUGUGAUGGAUAGCAUGUCUACAGGCAAAUUGGAUCCUGUUUUAUUCGAGGACAGUGAAAAUGAUGACAUCGAAGAUCAUCAAGAUGAAGAUAAUCUGGACGAAGAUGACGAACAGACUGAAGGUCACAUCCCUCUUCAGUUGCAAGUGGCCGAGAAAAUAGAAGAUGGACAACUGCAGAAUCCGCUGACUCCUUUGAAAGACGUUGGUGUUUCCAAUUUUGAUUCGACUCCAACUGGAAUCUCGAAUUCUUUAUUGAAUAUAACCUCGGUUCACAUCACAUGGGGACCGGUGACCAGGCUUUCAAAGUUGAUGAAUUUAUAUACGGAUAUUGUAGGUGUAAUGGUUGGAAAUAUGUUUAAUUUGUUCCAUUUUAGUGCGACAGUCAGACUUGUGCUACAGUAUGCCUGGUCAUGGGGUCAAAGGCCAAAGAAUUGUUCGGGGAUGAACAAGUGACGUCAUGGUUUAUGCAUUAUAUUGGUAGGUAAAUAAGGUUAUUGUAUAGUUUAAUACUUGUUUUAGAGCAGCUUCAAAACGCUGGCUUUGGGGAUCUUGCCACUUUCAUCGCCAAGAAUUCAGGAUGCGAAGAGGUCUUGAAAACGCUUCAAGAGGUAAGAUCUGCUUUAAAGAUGAUAAAAAUCACGUCUUCAGAAUAUGCAUGUAAAAGUUUACUGCGGGAAUUGUGAUACUCCAGCUCCAGUUGCUUCGGAAUCCUGUCCGAAGUGUGGCACGACAUUCAUAGCCAUCUGCACAGUGUGGUAGGUCAUCAAAUUGACUUGGUAUAUUUCACAAGACAUGAAGUCCGUAGAACUUGCACUGUGCGUUUUUCCAUGAUUUUUUUAAGUCGGGAUUACCGCGCAUCCAAACUCAAGUCCUAGCGCCUCGAUCGAAGAUAGAGUAUACGAGUAAACGGGGGGCGCCACUCGAAGACAUAGAAGGCGGUGAGAUAACUGGCCCCAGGUCAGCCCCGAUCCCACAAAGGAGGGAGCUGUUACACCGGCGAAAAAGUUCUGCGGACUUUAUGCCUCUAGUAUUUAUUAUAAUAUCUUCAAUAAGAAGAAGAUUGUUUAGUGAUAACGAAGUAAAAGGGAUGUUUGCUCAGUGCAAAGAUUGUGGCCAUGGUGGUCAUGAAGGACAUCUGGAGGAGUGGUUUAAAAACUUUGGGGUCUGUCCGUUCCCUGGAUGUGAACAUAUUUGUGUAAUGAACAGGGAGGAAGAUGAGCCUGAAGUUUGUGAGGUUCUGGUUGAAGAAGCUCAUCUGGUCGCCCAAAGUGGAUUGGUCGAUUCGAAUCGAAAGUUGCAUUAUCGGGCCGAAAAUGGACUCAUCGUUCCUUUGGAAGAGGCCGUUUAUGAACUGGCCGAUGAUUUUUCGUUGUUAAAAUAA